AUGGCUUCCGAACUCGUUGAGAUUGAUUCCUUGGAAGUGGUGGUGAUCGUCGACAAUGAAAUCGAUCCAAACACAAGCUACCAGAUUCCAGACCUGAAGGUCAAUGGCCAAAUGGCUGAUAUUGCGCUCAAGGAACCUCUCACCAGCACUGAGCGAGGAGGAGCUAGUCACGAAAUCCGUCUUGACAACGUCUGCUGCGGAGGCCAUGGACUCUCGCUCAUGAUUACUGCUGUCAAGGACGGUGAGCGGCGAACUGUGCUAUUUGAUACGGCUCCAGAAGAGCGCAUCUGGGAAAUCAAUGCCAAGAGGCUGCGGGCAGACAUUGGUAAGAUCGAAUGGAUUCAGCUUUCACACUGGCAUCGCGAUCAUUCUGGCGGGAUCCUGAAGGCUAUACCCAUGAUUCAAGAAGCCAAGUCUUCUAAGGACGGCCUAACCAUUGAUCUUCACCCAAACCGACCGGAUUAUCGAGGGUUCCAGGGACAAGCAUCUGUAAUAUCCUUGGAGCGAGAUCCAACAUGGGCGGAAAUUGAGGCUACAGGCGCAACUGUGGUGAAGAAUGACAAAGCUCAUGCUAUCCUUAAUGGCGCAUUUGUGGUCUCUGGUGAAAUUCCUCGAGUGACACCAUAUGAAGUCGGGUUCUUGAGGGGCAUGAGAUAUACCGAAGCCACAGGAGUCUGGGAAAAGGACGAGUUGAUCCUGGAUGAACGCCUCCUGAUGUGCAAGGUCAAAGGUCAGUAUCAGCAUAGCUGGAAGUUUCCCAGUUCCCCAGCUAAUCCCGCAUCAGGCAAGGGUGUCGUUGUUUUCACUGGUUGCAGUCACGCAGGUGUUGUCAACGCUUCGAAGCAUGCGCUAGAGCUCGCCGGCGACGGCACACCGCUGCAUGCUGUCAUUGGAGGCUAUCACCUGGUUGGGCCGAAUGAAGCUUUCAUCAAGAGGACCGUUCAAGAUCUCAAAGCCUUGGAUCCGCAUAUUCUCAUGCCUGGCCACUGCACGGGCUGGAAAGCAAAGGUAGAAAUCGAGAAUGUGCUUCCGGGACGUUUGGCUCCAUGUAUGGUCGGGACCAUUUACACUCUUUAA